CUCAACUGCAGGUCCUACUGCCAAUUUAACUCCAAAGACAACAACAACUGAAGCUCUUACAGACAUCACAACUGUAGCUCCUCUGCCCCCCACAAUUGCAACUUCAAAUGUAGCAUCACCUACCACAACAACUGCAGAUGCUUCCACAACCACAGGUGCAGCACCUACUACAUCAAUCACAACUGCAGGUCCUACUAUAAUUUUACCUCAAUCGACAACCACAACAACAUCCACUACAACAACUGUAGCUCCUACAAUGUCAAUCUCAACUGCAGGUCCUACUACCAAUUUAACUCCAACGACAACCACAACUGAAGCUCCUACAGACAUCAUAACUGUAGCUCCUAUGCCCCCCACAAUUGCAACUUCAACUACAACUGUUGAAUCACCUACAACAACAACUACAGAUGCUUCCACAACCACAAGUGCAGCACCUACUACAUCAAUCCCAACUGCAGGUCCUACCACCAUUUUGACUCCUAAGACAAUCACAACUGAAGCUCCUACAGAAAUCACAACUGUAGCUCUUAUGACCCCCACAAUUGCAGCUUCUACUUCAACAACUGUUGCUCCCACGACCACAACUGCAGCAGCUCCUAUAACAACAACUGUAGAUGCUUCCAUAAACACAACAGCAGCACCUACUACGUCAAUCACAACUGCAGGUCCUACUAACAUUUUAACUCCAACGACAAGCACAACUGAGGCUCCUUCAGACGUCACUACUGUUGCUCCUUUGAACCCCACAAUUGCAGCUUCUUCUUCAACAACUGUAGCUCCCACGAUCACUACAACUGCAGAAGCUCCUACAACAACAACUGCAGCUGCUUCUACAUUUACUACUGCAUCCCCUACUGCAACCACAACAGAAGCUCCUUCUACAACAACUGUAGCACCAAUGACUUUAGGAACAACAGUCCCAACGACAACUGCAGCUAAUUCCUCAACUUUAGCUCCUUCAAUUCCAAUCCCAACUGCAGCUCCUACAACAACAACUCUUGCUCCUACGACCUCUACAACUUCAGCACCAACUACUUUAUUCACAACUGUAGGUCCUACUAUAAUUUUACCUCAAUCGACAACCACAACAACAUCCACUACAACAACUGUAGCUCCUACAAUGUCAAUCUCAACUGCAGGUCCUACUGCCAAUUUAACUCCAACGACAACCUCAACUGAAGCUCCAACAGACAUCACAACUGUAGCUCCUAUGCACCCCACAAUUGCAACUUCAACUGUAGCAUCACCUACAACAACAACUGCAGAUGCUUCCACAACCACAGGUGCAGCACCUACUACAUCAAUCACAACUGCAAGUCCUACUAUCAUUUUACCUCAAUCGACAACCACAACAACAUCCACUGCAACAACCGUAGCUCCUACAAUGUCAAUCUCAACAGCAGGUCCUACUGCCAAUUUAAUUCCAACGACAACAACAACUGAAGCUCUUACAGACAUCACAACUGUAGCUCCUCUGCCCCCCACAAUUGCAACUUCAAAUGUAGCAUCACCUACAACAACAACUGCAGAUGCUUCUACAACCACAGGUGCAGCACCUACCACAUCAAUCACAACUGCUGGUCCUACUACCAUUUUGACUCCUAAGACAAUCACAACUGAAGCUCCUACAGAAAUCACAACUGUAGCUCUUAUGCCCCCCACAAUUGCAACUUCAAUUACAACUGUAGCAUCACCUGCAACAACAACUACAGAUGCUUCCACAACCACAAGUGCAGCACCUACUACAUCAAUCCCAACUGCAGGUCCUACUAUCAUUUUACCUCAAUCGACAACCACAACAACAUCCACUGCAACAACCGUAGCUCCUACAAUGUCAAUCUCAACUGCAGGUCCUACUGCCAAUUUAACUCCAACGACAACAACAACUGAAGCUCUUACAGACAUCACAACUGUAGCUCCUCUGCCCCCCACAAUUGCAACUUCAAAUGUAGCAUCACCUACAACAACAACUGCAGAUGCUUCUACAACCACAGGUGCAGCACCUACUACAUCAAUCACAACUGCAGGUCCUACUACCAUUUUGACUCCUAAUACAAUCACAACUGAAACUCUUACAGACAUCACAACUGUAGCUCCUAUGCCUCCCACAAUUGCAACUUCAACUGUAGCAUCACCUACAACAACAACUGCAGAUGCUUCCACAACCACAGGUGCAGCACCUACCACAUCAAUCACAACUGCAGGUCCUACUACCAUUUUGACUCCUAAGACAAUCACAACUGAAGCUCCUACAGAAAUCACAACUGUAGCUCUUAUGCCCCCCACAAUUGCAACUUCAACUGUAGCAUCACCUACAACAACGACUGCAGAUGCUUCCACAACCACAGGUGCAGCACCUACUACAUCAAUCCCAACUGCAGGUCCUACUAUCAUUUUACCUCAAUCGACAACCACAACAACAUCCACUGCAACAACUGUAGCUCCUACAAUGUCAAUCUCAACUGCAGGUCCUACUGCCAAUUUAACUCCAACGACAACAACAACUGAAGCUCUUACAGACAUCCCAACUGUAGCUCCUCUGCCCCCCACAAUUGCAACUUCAAAUGUAGCAUCACCUACAACAACAACUGCAGAUGUUUCUACAACCACAGGUGCAGCACCUACCACAUCAAUCACAACUGCUGGUCCUACUACCAUUUUGACUCCUAAGACAAUCACAACUGAAGCUCCUACAGAAAUCACAACUGUAGCUCUUAUGCCCCCCACAAUUGCAACUUCAAUUACAACUGUAGCAUCACCUGCAACAACAACUACAGAUGCUUCCACAACCACAAGUGCAGCACCUACUACAUCAAUCCCAACUGCAGGUCCUACUAUCAUUUUACCUCAAUCGACAACCACAACAACAUCCACUGCAACAACUGUAGCUCCUACAAUGUCAAUCUCAACUGCAGGUCCUACUGCCAAUUUAACUCCAACGACAACAACAACUGAAGCUCUUACAGACAUCACAACUGUAGCUCCUCUGCCCCCCACACUUGCAACUUCAAAUGUAGCAUCACCUACAACAACAACUGCAGAUGUUUCUACAACCACAGGUGCAGCACCUACCACAUCAAUCACAACUGCAGGUCCUACUACCAUUUUGACUAAUAAUACAAUCACAACUGAAACUCUUACAGACAUCACAACUGUAGCUCCUAUGCCUCCCACAAUUGCAACUUCAACUGUAGCAUCACCUACAACAACAACUGCAGAUGCUUCCACAACCACAGGUGCAGCACCUACCACAUCAAUCACAACUGCAGGUCCUACUAUCAUUUUGACUCCUAAGACAAUCACAACUGACGCUCCUACAGAAAUCACAACUGUAGCUCUUAUGCCCCCCACAAUUGCAACUUCAACUGUAGCAUCACCUACAACAACGACUGCAGAUGCUUCCACAACCACAGGUGCAGCACCUACUACAUCAAUCACAACUGCAGGUCCUACUAUAAUUUUACCUCAAUCGACAACCACAACAACAUCCACUACAACAACUGUAGCUCCUACAAUGUCAAUCUCAACUGCAGGUCCUACUACCAAUUUAACUCCAACGACAACCACAACUGAAGCUCCUACAGACAUCAUAACUGUAGCUCCUAUGCCCCCCACAAUUGCAACUUCAAUUACAACUGUAGCAUCACCUGCAACAACAACUACAGAUGCUUCCACAACCACAAGUGCAGCACCUACUACAUCAAUCCCAACUGCAGGUCCUACUAUAAUUUUACCUCAAUCGACAACCACAACAACAUCCACUGCAACAACUGUAGCUCCUACAACGUCAAUCUCAACUGCAGGUCCUACUGCCAAUUUAACUCCAACGACAACAACAACUGAAGCUCUUACAGACAUCACAACUGUAGCUCCUCUGCCCCCCACAAUUGCAACUUCAAAUGUAGCAUCACCUACAACAACAACUGCAGAUGUUUCUACAACCACAGGUGUAGCACCUACUACAUCAAUCCCAACUGCAGGUCCUACUACCAUUUUGACUCCUAAGACAAUCACAACUGAAGCUCCUACAGAAAUCACAACUGUAGCUCUCAUGCCCCCCACAAUUGCAACUUCAAUUACAACUGUAGCAUCACCUACAACAACAACUGCAGAUGCUUCCACAACCUCAGGUGCAGCACCUACUACAUCAAUCCCAACUGCAGGUCCUACUAUCAUUUUACCUCAAUCGACAACCACAACAACAUCCACUGCAACAACUGUAGCUCCUACAAUGUCAAUCUCAACUGCAGGUCCUACUGCCAAUUUAACUCCAACGACAACAACAACUGAAGCUCUUACAGACAUCACAACUGUAGCUCCUCUGCCCCCCACAAUUGCAACUUCAAAUGUAGCAUCACCUACAACAACAACUGCAGAUGCUUCCACAACCACAGGUGCAGCACCUACCACAUCAAUCACAACUGCAGGUCCUACUACCAUUUUGACUCCUAAGACAAUCACAACUGAAGCUCCUACAGAAAUCACAACUGUAGCUCUUAUGCCCCCCACAAUUGCAGCUUCUACUUCAACAACUGUUGCUCCCACGACCACAACUGCAGCAGCUCCUAUAACAACAACUGUAGAUGCUUCCAUAAACACAACAGCAGCACCUACUACGUCAAUCACAACUGCAGGUCCUACUAACAUUUUAACUCCAACGACAAGCACAACUGAGGCUCCUUCAGACGUCACUACUGUUGCUCCUUUGAACCCCACAAUUGCAGCUUCUUCUUCAACAACUGUAGCUCCCACGAUCACUACAACUGCAGAAGCUCCUACAACAACAACUGCAGCUGCUUCUACAUUUACUACUGCAUCCCCUACUGCAACCACAACAGAAGCUCCUUCUACAACAACUGUAGCACCAAUGACUUUAGGAACAACAGUCCCAACGACAACUGCAGCUAAUUCCUCAACUUUAGCUCCUUCAAUUCCAAGCCCAACUGCAGCUCCUACAACAACAACUCUUGCUCCUACGACCUCUACAACUUCAGCACCAACUACUUUAUUCACAACUGUAGGUCCUACUACCAUUUUACCUCCUUCAACAACCACAACAACAUCCACUACAACAACUGUUGCUCCUACAAUGUCAAUCUCAGCUGCAGGUCCUACUGCCAAUUUAACUCCAACGACAACCUCAACUGAUGCUCCAACAGACAUCACAACUGUAGCUCCUAUGCACCCCACAAUUGCAACUUCAACUGUAGCAUCACCUACAACAACAACUGCAGAUGCUUCCACAACCACAGGUGCAGCACCUACCACAUCAAUCACAACUGCAGGUCCUACUACCAUUUUGACUCCUAAGACAAUCACAACUGAAGCUCCUACAGAAAUCACAACUGUAGCUCUUAUGCCCCCCACAAUUGCAACUUCAAUUACAACUGUAGCAUCACCUGCAACAACAACUACAGAUGCUUCCACAACCACAAGUGCAGCACCUACUACAUCAAUCCCAACUGCAGGUCCUACUAUCAUUUUACCUCAAUCGACAACCACAACAACAUCCACUGCAACAACUGUAGCUCCUACAAUGUCAAUCUCAACUGCAGGUCCUACUGCCAAUUUAACUCCAACGACAACAACAACUGAAGCUCUUACAGACAUCACAACUGUAGCUCCUCUGCCCCCCACAAUUGCAACUUCAAAUGUAGCAUCACCUACAACAACAACUGCAGAUGUUUCUACAACCACAGGUGUAGCACCUACUACAUCAAUCACAACUGCAGGUCCUACUACCAUUUUGACUCCUAAUACAAUCACAACUGAAACUCUUACAGACAUCACAACUGUAGCUCCUAUGCCUCCCACAAUUGCAACUUCAACUGUAGCAUCACCUACAACAACAACUGCAGAUGAUUCCACAACCACAGGUGCAGCACCUACUACAUCAAUCCCAACUGCAGGUCCUACUACCAUUUUGACUCCUAAGACAAUCACAACUGAAGCUCCUACAGAAAUCACAACUGUAGCUCUCAUGCCCCCCACAAUUGCAACUUCAAUUACAACUGUAGCAUCACCUGCAACAACAACUACAGAUGCUUCCACAACCACAAGUGCAGCACCUACUACAUCAAUCCCAACUGCAGGUCCUACUAUCAUUUUACCUCAAUCGACAACCACAACAACAUCCACUGCAACAACUGUAGCUCCUACAAUGUCAAUCUCAACUGCAGGUCCUACUGCCAAUUUAACUCCAACGACAACAACAACUGAAGCUCUUACAGACAUCACAACUGUAGCUCCUCUGCCCCCCACAAUUGCAACUUCAAAUGUAGCAUCACCUACAACAACAACUGCAGAUGUUUCUACAACCACAGGUGUAGCACCUACUACAUCAAUCACAACUGCAGGUCCUACUACCAUUUUGACUCCUAAUACAAUCACAACUGAAACUCUUACAGACAUCACAACUGUAGCUCCUAUGCCUCCCACAAUUGCAACUUCAACUGUAGCAUCACCUACAACAACAACUGCAGAUGCUUCCACAACCACAGGUGCAGCACCUACUACAUCAAUCCCAACUGCAGGUCCUACUACCAUUUUGACUCCUAAGACAAUCACAACUGAAGCUCCUACAGAAAUCACAACUGUAGCUCUCAUGCCCCCCACAAUUGCAACUUCAAUUACAACUGUAGCAUCACCUACAACAACAACUGCAGAUGCUUCCACAACCACAGGUGCAGCACCUACUACAUCAAUCCCAACUGCAGGUCCUACUAUCAUUUUACCUCAAUCGACAACCACAACAACAUCCACUACAACAACUGUAGCUCCUACAAUGUCAAUCUCAACUGCAGGUCCUACUGCCAAUUUAACUCCAACGACAACAACAACUGAAGCUCUUACAGACAUCACAACUGUAGCUCCUCUGCCCCCCACAAUUGCAACUUCAAAUGUAGCAUCACCUACAACAACAACAACUGCAGAUGCUUCUACAACCACAGGUGCAGCACCUACCACAUCAAUCACAACUGCAGGUCCUACUAUCAUUUUGACUCCUAAGACAAUCACAACUGAAGCUCCUACAGAAAUCACAACUGUAGCUCUUAUGCCCCCCACAAUUGCAACUUCAACUGUAGCAUCACCUACAACAACGACUGCAGAUGCUUCCACAACCACAGGUGCAGCACCUACUACAUCAAUCACAACUGCAGGUCCUACUAUAAUUUUACCUCAAUCGACAACCACAACAACAUCCACUACAACAACUGUAGCUCCUACAAUGUCAAUCUCAACUGCAGGUCCUACUACCAAUUUAACUCCAACGACAACCACAACUGAAGCUCCUACAGACAUCAUAACUGUAGCUCCUAUGCCCCCCACAAUUGCAACUUCAAUUACAACUGUAGCAUCACCUGCAACAACAACUACAGAUGCUUACACAACCACAGGUGCAGCACCUACUACAUCAAUCCCAACUGCAGGUCCUACUAUCAUUUUACCUCAAUCGACAACCACAACAACAUCCACUGCAACAACUGUAGCUCCUACAACGUCAAUCUCAACUGCAGGUCCUACUGCCAAUUUAACUCCAACGACAACAACAACUGAAGCUCUUACAGACAUCACAACUGUAGCUCCUCUGCCCCCCACAAUUGCAACUUCAAAUGUAGCAUCACCUACAACAACAACUGCAGAUGUUUCUACAACCACAGGUGUAGCACCUACUACAUCAAUCACAACUGCAGGUCCUACUACCAUUUUGACUCCUAAGACAAUCACAACUGAAACUCUUACAGACAUCACAACUGUAGCUCCUAUGCCCCCCACAAUUGCAACUUCAACUGUAGCAUCACCUACAACAACAACUGCAGAUGCUUCCACAACCACAGGUGCAGCACCUACUACAUCAAUCCCAACUGCAGGUCCUACUACCAUUUUGACUCCUAAGACAAUCACAACUGAAGCUCCUACAGAAAUCACAACUGUAGCUCUCAUGCCCCCCACAAUUGCAACUUCAAUUACAACUGUAGCAUCACCUACAACAACAACUGCAGAUGCUUCCACAACCUCAGGUGCAGCACCUACUACAUCAAUCCCAACUGCAGGUCCUACUAUCAUUUUACCUCAAUCGACAACCACAACAACAUCCACUGCAACAACUGUAGCUCCUACAAUGUCAAUCUCAACUGCAGGUCCUACUGCCAAUUUAACUCCAACGACAACAACAACUGAAGCUCUUACAGACAUCACAACUGUAGCUGCUCUGCCCCCCACAAUUGCAACUUCAAAUGUAGCAUCACCUACAACAACAACUGCAGAUGUUUCUACAACCACAGGUGUAGCACCUACUACAUCAAUCACAACUGCAGGUCCUACUACCAUUUUGACUCCUAAGACAAUCACAACUGAAACUCUUACAGACAUCACAACUGUAGCUCCUAUGCCCCCCACAAUUGCAACUUCAACUGUAGCAUCACCUACAACAACAACUGCAGAUGCUUCCACAACCACAGGUGCAGCACCUACUACAUCAAUCCCAACUGCAGGUCCUACUACCAUUUUGACUCCUAAGACAAUCACAACUGAAGCUCCUACAGAAAUCACAACUGUAGCUCUCAUGCCCCCCACAAUUGCAACUUCAAUUACAACUGUAGCAUCACCUACAACAACAACUGCAGAUGCUUCCACAACCACAGGUGCAGCACCUACUACAUCAAUCCCAACUGAAGGUCCUACUAUCAUUUUACCUCAAUCGACAACCACAACAACAUCCACUACAACAACUGUAGCUCCUACAAUGUCAAUCUCAACUGCAGGUCCUACUGCCAAUUUAACUCCAACGACAACAACAACUGAAGCUCUUACAGACAUCACAACUGUAGCUCCUCUGCCCCCCACAAUUGCAACUUCAAAUGUAGCAUCACCUACAACAGCAACUGCAGAUGCUUCUACAACCACAGGUGCAGCACCUACCACAUAUAUCACAACUGCAGGUCCUACUACCAUUUUGACUCCUAAGACAAUCACAACUGAAGCUCCUACAGAAAUCACAACUGUAGCUCUUAUGCCCCCCACAAUUGCAACUUCAACUGUAGCAUCACCUACAACAACAACUGCAGAUGCUUCCACAACCACAGGUGCAGCACCUACUACAUCAAUCCCAACUGCAGGUCCUACUACCAUUUUGACUCCUAAGACAAUCACAACUGAAGCUCCUACAGAAAUCACAACUGUAGCUCUCAUGCCCCCCACAAUUGCAACUUCAAUUACAACUGUAGCAUCACCUACAACAACAACUGCAGAUGCUUCCACAACCACAGGUGCAGCACCUACUACAUCAAUCCCAACUGAAGGUCCUACUAUCAUUUUACCUCAAUCGACAACCACAACAACAUCCACUACAACAACUGUAGCUCCUACAAUGUCAAUCUCAACUGCAGGUCCUACUGCCAAUUUAACUCCAACGACAACAACAACUGAAGCUCUUACAGACAUCACAACUGUAGCUCCUCUGCCCCCCACAAUUGCAACUUCAAAUGUAGCAUCACCUACAACAGCAACUGCAGAUGCUUCUACAACCACAGGUGCAGCACCUACCACAUAUAUCACAACUGCAGGUCCUACUACCAUUUUGACUCCUAAGACAAUCACAACUGAAGCUCCUACAGAAAUCACAACUGUAGCUCUUAUGCCCCCCACAAUUGCAACUUCAACUGUAGCAUCACCUACAACAACAACUGCAGAUGCUUCCACAACCACAGGUGCAGCACCUACUACAUCAAUCACAACUGCAGGUCCUACUAUCAUUUUACCUCAAUCGACAACCACAACAACAUCCACUACAACAACUGUAGCUCCUACAAUGUCAAUCUCAACUGCAGGUCCUACUACCAAUUUAACUCCAACGACAACCACAACUGAAGCUCCUACAGACAUCAUAACUGUAGCUCCUAUGCCCCCCACAAUUGCAACUUCAACUGUAGCAUCACCUACAACAACAACUGCAGAUGCUUCCACAACCACAGGUGCAGCACCUACUACAUCAAUCCCAACUGCAGGUCCUACUACCAUUUUGACUCCUAAGACAAUCACAACUGAAGCUCCUACAGAAAUCACAACUGUAGCUCUCAUGCCCCCCACAAUUGCAACUUCAAUUACAACUGUAGCAUCACCUACAACAACAACUGCAGAUGCUUCCACAACCACAGGUGCAGCACCUACUACAUCAAUCCCAACUGCAGGUCCUACUAUCAUUUUACCUCAAUCGACAACCACAACAACAUACACUACAACAACUGUAGCUCCUACAAUGUCAAUCUCAACUGCAGGUCCUACUGCCAAUUUAACUCCAACGACAACAACAACUGAAGCUCUUACAGACAUCACAACUGUAGCUCCUCUGCCCCCCACAAUUGCAACUUCAACUACAACUGUUGAAUCACCUACAACAACAACUACAGAUGCUUCCACAACCACAAGUGCAGCACCUACUACAUCAAUCCCAACUGCAGGUCCUACCACCAUUUUGACUCCUAAGACAAUCACAACUGAAGCUCCUACAGAAAUCACAACUGUAGCUCUUAUGACCCCCACAAUUGCAGCUUCUACUUCAACAACUGUUGCUCCCACGACCACAACUGCAGCAGCUCCUAUAACAACAACUGUAGAUGCUUCCAUAAACACAACAGCAGCACAUACUACGUCAAUCACAACUGCAGGUCCUACUAACAUUUUAACUCCAACGACAAGCACAACUGAGGCUCCUUCAGACGUCACUACUGUUGCUCCUUUGAACCCCACAAUUGCAGCUUCUUCUUCAACAACUGUAGCUCCCACGAUCACUACAACUGCAGAAGCUCCUACAACAACAACUGCAGCUGCUUCUACAUUUACUACUGCAUCCCCUACUGCAACCACAACAGAAGCUCCUUCUACAACAACUGUAGCACCAAUGACUUUAGGAACAACAGUCCCAACGACAACUGCAGCUAAUUCCUCAACUUUAGCUCCUUCAAUUCCAAGCCCAACUGCAGCUCCUACAACAACAACUCUUGCUCCUACGACCUCUACAACUUCAGCACCAACUACUUUAUUCACAACUGUAGGUCCUACUACCAUUUUACCUCCUUCAACAACCACAACAACAUCCACUACAACAACUGUUGCUCCUACAAUGUCAAUCUCAGCUGCAGGUCCUACUGCCAAUUUAACUCCAACGACAACCUCAACUGAAGCUCCAACAGACAUCACAACUGUAGCUCCUAUGCACCCCACAAUUGCAACUUCAACUGUAGCAUCACCUACAACAACAACUGCAGAUGCUUCCACAACCACAGGUGCAGCACCUACCACAUCAAUCCCAACUGCAGGUCCUACUACCAUUUUGACUCCUAAGACAAUCACAACUGAAGCUCCUACAGAAAUCACAACUGUAGCUCUCAUGCCCCCCACAAUUGCAACUUCAAUUACAACUGUAGCAUCACCUACAACAACAACUGCAGAUGCUUCCACAACCACAGGUGCAGCACCUACUACAUCAAUCCCAACUGCAGGUCCUACUAUCAUUUUACCUCAAUCGACAACCACAACAACAUCCACUACAACAACUGUCCUACUGCCAAUUUAA